UAAUAUUUAUGAAAUAUUCUAGAUUUUCAAUAAUGUUAAUUGCCUUUCGCUGAUAUCUUUAACACUACAAUUGUUUGACUUCUAUUAAAAGCAUACAGUAUUCAAAUAUCACAAUAAAAAUAGAGAGCUAUAAUUUAUCACUUAAAUAUGAGAGAAGAAUAGUUCAGAGUUGUCGCUAAUACACAUACAUCCAAUUGCAUGAAAGUCCGCCUCCUAGAUAAUAAAAUGAUAAUAACCAAGUGCGAGUGUGUAGUGGAAAGUGGAUUCGUCCCCACUUCUGAGCGACUACUGUCAUGUAACCACCAAGCUGUCCUAAAUUCCAGUGAAUUUCGAAAAACAGCUAUUUGAUAUACGACAAAGCAAAAACUAAUAGUUUUUCUAGUGGUAGGUGUCGAGGAAAUUGUAGUUUAUAAUGAGUUUUGACGAUUAUGAAAGCAUACCGACCGAAAAUAUCCUUGUUCAUAUGACUGCCGGAGCCAUUGCCGGGGUUAUGGAACAUUGCAUAAUGUACCCCAUAGACUCAGUAAAGACAAGAAUGCAAUCUUUAUCACCAGAAGCAAAGAAACAGCCUACUACAAUAGUUGGUACAUUAGUAAAAAUGGUUAGACAGGAAGGAAUUCUCAGGCCAAUAAGAGGCUUACCUUCGAUGGUGUUUGGGGCUGGCCCUGCACAUGCAGUUUAUUUUAGCAGUUACGAAUUCAGUAAAGAAUUAUUACUUAGGUUUUUUCAUUCAAGCAAAUACAACGCACUUGCAUACGGUGUUGCGGGUGGUGUGGCAACUGUUAUUCAUGAUGCUGUAAUGAAUCCAGCAGAAGUAGUGAAGCAAAGGAUGCAAAUGUAUGGUUCACCGUACAAAUCGGUAAUUCAUUGUAUCAAGAAAACUUAUCUAAACGAAGGACUGCGAGCGUUUUAUCGAUCCUAUACCACGCAACUUGUCAUGAACAUCCCCUUCCAAAGCAUUCAUUUUAUGGUGUACGAAUUCACUCAGUCUAUCAUGAAUGAGGAGCGCAAGUAUAACCCCCCAGCGCAUGUAGUUAGCGGAGCGAUGGCAGGUGCUGUUGCAGCCGCUAUCACAACGCCUCUUGAUGUUUGCAAAACCCUCUUAAACACUCAACAGGACGGUAAGGUUCACGACAUGUUUGGCGCGGUAAAAACAGUUUAUCGCUUGGGGGGGUCUAAAGGUUUUUUUCGCGGAAUCCAAGCAAGAAUAAUGUUUGUAAUGCCUGGAACUGCCAUUUGCUGGUCGACUUACGAAUUUUUCAAAUAUAUACUGGGUGCUACACCACACGAAGGUCCCAUAUUGACAGUUGCAUCCGAAGAUGAUCCUCCAUUGAAUAUCAAGGAACCACCGGCCAAACCCGACAAUAUACACUUAAGCACGGAAAAAAUUAAUCUACUCCCUAGAGAGUUACCCGCGAUUUCAGGGGGUAACUUAUACGGUUCCAUCUCAUAUAAUACAAUGCACACAGCGGAUACAAGUUUUAAUACACGACGCGGAGACAAUGUAAUGAUCAGUGUGACGCCACAAGUUUCGUAGUAUUGCGCACGGUGCCUGUUGUGUUUUUGUUUAUUUUACAACUUUCUUUAUAGUUUGUACCGUAAGAGUAAUUCUAUUUUUGGAAUUGUACAAAUUGUAUAUGAUGUAAUUAGGCACAUUUUAUCAUAUAGCUGCGUUUAAGAUUUUUCGAAUAUGAAGAUUCGGAGAGUGCCGAAAAAGUUUUCCACUCCAGUAAUGGAGGGGAAGGAUUGUUUUGUAAAAAUUGUAUUUUGUCCAGCAGAGUGAUAUAUUAAAGUAUUAUUUACUUAUACAUCGUAUUUGAUAUUCUAAAUGGAACGUUACAGUAAAUGAAACUAUAAAUUGAUAAAACUAAUAAACCAGAAGUUUCCAAGUUUUUCAAGUUGAUAUUUACAACAUUAUGUAUAAGUAAAUAUACUUUGUAAAUAAAUUGCGGAUUUUAAGGAAAUAGGCUACAUGUACACAUUUCCUCGUUUAUUUCGUGUUUUACUACAUAUUUAUAUGAAGUGAAAUACUUUAAAAAUAGUCUCUGCCCUGAUUUUAAAAAAUUUGGUAUGGUUUUAAUCACUUUGAAAUCUUGGUGUUUCUUAUUUGGAGAUCUGUAAGUAUUUUUAAUAUCGUUAAUUAGUAUACAUUAAAAAGAAAGCAAUAGUUCCUGCCCCUCCUAUAUUAAAUACAAAGAAAAACAGUAAAUGACCUGUAAAAUAAUAAGGUUUCAAGGUGAAGAGCCAGUCUGUGGGAUAACGUACUUUCUUUAUGAUGGUUCAUUUUGGUCAUAAAUAUUUGUACUAUUUGUAAUGUUUUCUUAGUAUGUUCGAAAAAAUUAUCAGCGCUAUUUUGAAUUUUGAUUGGAAAUCGUAAGGUACAUGAUAUAAAUCUGAUAAAGAGAUCUAAUGAAAAAUGCAAUAUUUGAAAGAUGUAUUAUUUCAGCGCAUAUUGUUAAAUAGGCACCUUUAGUCAGUAUUUCAUAUUACUUUAGUUGAUAACAUUUUUUUUCUUUUUUCAAAAAUUUCUAAUUCGCGUUUAUCAUGUAUUUUUUUUAUGUACACAUAAUUUUUCUAAUUUAUUUCUUGUCUCCCUUUUUAUACGUAAGCGACCAUCACACUGCACUGAAUCUGCUUUCUAAUUAUACAUUCAUACUUUAAUUAAUGAAGCUUUAUAAAAAAAACGAGAUAAACUUUAUUGAAUGCAACACAUACAGUACUAAUUUGUUGAAUUAUUUGUAUGAAAUAUGUAAAUAACACAGCUCAGUUAUUGGCGGAUUAAAAAUGCUGGCCAUAAUCUGUUACAUAGAUUUAUAAAUAUUUUUAGUCAUUUCGUAGGAAUUUGUUCAAUAGAGAAGGAUGACCACUGGGCAACAUUUUGUGAACUAAUUACACAAACGUUGACAAUAACAUGAUCUAGAUUAUGCUCUUAUUAAAGAUAAAGAAAUGAUAUAUGUGAAUUGGUUUAAUUAUUAGAUGUUGCAGCAAGUGGUUUACAUUCUUUUACUCUUUACUUAUCAUUUACAAUUACAGUGUUGAAACAGACAUGGCAAAUUGAGGCCAUUGAUUUUAUAAUUUAAUUUAAGAAAUUUAACAGGCUGUGAUAAAGUCCUUAUCAUUAUGAUAUUGACUUCAUUCAGAUGGAAGUAUUAUCAUAUCGUUACAUUUUAAAGUAGAUGCCCAACCAAUGUGGGCAACUAUAACUAUGUGAUAAGGUAUCUUUGUCACUGAAAAAUGCAGACUUUUUGUUAUGGUUUGAUUAUUUUCAUAGAAAUAUAUAAUAAUUCAUACCGAAA